AUGCUGUCCACCGCACCGUCGCCACCAAAACUGCAGCGCAGCUUCAGUUUUGGUUCUCUCUUCAGGUCUUCCGUGCCAGCGGAACCACCAGCGAAGCGGAGUUCACGCCGUUGCUCUGAGAUGCCCAGCGUGAGUAUGGAGGCGAUACUAGCCCGAAGCUCGCAGCGGCGGCAUACGGACCCUGGGCGCAGCGUUCAGCUGGUUUUCCAUGGCACACAAGGCAGUCGUCGGCCCUCCCUCAUAGACCUCUCCAUGGGGUUGCCGCCCCUAGUGCCGCCAAAGUUGGAGCCCUCUGUGCAGAAGUUGGGGACUAGUCCAAACAAAGCCGCCAUUGAGCCCGAGAAGUCAGUGGUUGUGGACAAGCUGGCGGUGCCAGAGAAGUGCAAUAGUCCACGUGCGAGCAGGGACACCACCAUGACGCCCAACUCUGCGAGCCUGGCAUCAACGGGUGCUGAUUCGGGAGGCGGCGACACGCCAAAGCAGGUUCGUUUCCGAACAACCAUCACAGAGUGUGAGGUGACAACUCCUUAUGGAGUCAUCUAUGAUGGUAUCCGGCCCAUGGAUUUCGAUUUCGAUCGCUGGGGGCGGAAGAUCUACCACUUCUUCCCAAACCCCGAGGAGGCGGAGGAUGAUGAUGAUUGA